AUGCCGGAUUUACCGGCGCAGCUCUACUUUGCCUAUGGCAGCAACCUUUGGCUGCAGCAAAUGGCUAGCCGCUGCCCCGAAAGUUACUACGUUGGCAGGGCGGUUCUGAUGGAUCAUCGAUGGCAGAUCAACAGUCGAGGCUUCGCGAAUGUGAUUCCUUGCAGCGGCUACAAUGUGCACGGAUUGGUCUACCAAGUCAGCGUCGACGAUGAAGCUCGCCUUGACAGAAACGAAGGCGUCCAUUCCGGCGCUUACACCAAGUCAUACCAUAGCGUCGUGCUACAUGAAGCGGUGGAAGACCUCCAACUUCCAACGCGAUACCUUGUCCAAGAUGGUGGGCUAGAUAAGGCUGUCAACGCGGUGCGGUCAGGAUCGCGAUCCCAUGAGCCCGAGCAGCAAGGCAGAAUCAGAAGCAACGUGUUGGUAUAUCUUAGUAGUCGUUACUCUCAGUGGGGGACGGCACGGGAUGAAUACGUUGACCGCAUGAACUGCGGCAUAAGGGAUGGUGUCACUCUGGGUAUCCCGAGUGACUUCUUCGAGAACACGGUCCGACCGUCCAUCCCACUGAGGUCAGUCUCAAGAAGGUCCCCUAGGGAAGGUCAAACAAGAAGACAAGCGCGCCAAAGUGGCCAUCGCAGAGCCAGUUCAGAUCCUGAAGAGCCUCAUCGAAGAAGGCGGCGGAGCUCAUCUCCACAACGCAGAACAUGGGGCAGUGCAUUUCAGCGCCAAGGCUCAACCUUGGGACGUGGCAUACGUACUUCUCAGAGGGUUUCAAGACCAUUUUCACAAUCAACCUCCUGGACGUGGGGGUGGUGA